AUGGCCCCGCAGCGCCGCCGGUCCCGGCCCCCGGUGCUGCUGCUGCUGCUGCCGCCGCUGCUGCUGCUGACGCGCCCCGACGGCUCGGCGGCGGAGCCCGCCUGGCGGCAGCGGCUCCGCUGGCAGAGCGGCGGCCGCUUCUUCAGCCUGCUCAACAGCGCCGCCCGCUUCCAGCCGCCCGGAGGGGGCGGCCGCGCCGGGCAGAGCCUCUAUCUCAGCGCCGCCGCGGCGACGGCGGCGGCUCCUCCGCGGUGGCCCCCGGGAUCCCCCAGCAGCCGCGCCGUCCAGGCGAGGGCGCCCCCUGGGGGCGAAGAGGACGGCUCGGGCGCCGGGGUCCCUCCCCGGGUCGAGGUGGGGGGGUCCCCUAGCCCAAGGAACCCCCAAGCCGCCCCCCUCCUCCCGAGCGGGGCCGGGAGCGCCCCUCGAGGGAACGGGGGGCGCAACGCCUCCGGGUCCCAGCCCCCCUUUCCCAGAGGGUGGGGGGUCACCCAAGGAAGCGGCGCCUCGGCCUGGGGGGGCGGAGGCUGGACGGAUCCGGGGGUCAACGAGAUCGAGGGGGCGCCCGUACCCCUUCAGCCGUCAAGGGGCCCCCGGGACUACGGGGGUUCAGCGGGGGACGACCCCCGGAACCCCUCCCGCAGUGGGAACAGCGUCUUCUACAACAUCUACCCCAAUGCCGGGUCCCGCUCCGGGCCCGGCGCCAGCGACAGGAGGCCAGGCUACGGGACCAGCUACUUUCAUCAUGGCCUGCCGGACUUAAUCCCGGAUCCGUAUUUCAUCCAAGCCUCCACCUACAUCCAGCGGGUCCAGCUGUAUGCCUUGGAAUGUGCAGCCGAAGAAAACUGCCUUGCGAGAUCUGCCUACAGACCAGGGGUGAGCAAAAUUGGCUACCGGGUUCUUCUUCGUUUCCCCCAACGAGUCAAGAACCAAGGGACGGCCGACUUCCUCCCGGUGAAGCCGCAGCACGCGUGGGAGUGGCACAGCUGCCACCAGCAUUUCCACAGCAUGGACGCCUUCAGCAACUAUGACCUUUUGGACGCCGUGUCCCACAAGAAAGUGGCCGAGGGGCACAAAGCCAGCUUCUGUCUAGAGGACACGUCCUGCGACGCGGGGGUCCGGAGGCGAUACGCCUGCACGGCUCACACCCAGGGUCUUGGGCCCGGCUGUUACGACACGUACCACGCCAAUAUCGACUGCCAAUGGAUUGACAUUACGGAUGUCCCUCCCGGGAAUUAUAUCCUCAAGGUGAUGGUCAACCCGGACUUCCUGGUGGCAGAGUUGGACUUCACAAACAACAUUGUCAGGUGCGACGUCAGGUACACCGGUUCCUACGUCGACACUCGGAACUGCAGGAUCACACGAAGCACGGCGGAGGCCGGACACAAGACUUCCGGCUUCCCUGUCCGCAGCCGGAAUCCCCUCCGGCGAGACGCGGCAGAGGGGUCCCCCCCCCAGGAAGGGCGCGCGUCGGCCAGGGCAGGACCGUUCAGCCAGGCAGGGAACAAGAAACGUAUUUAA